AUGUUCUCCAAGACCAUCAUCGCUGCCGCGUUCGCCGCCCUCGCCGUUGCCGCUCCCCAGCGCUACCAGAACAAGCCCCAGGUCGACGACGCCUCGGUCAAGAGCACCGUCGCCACUUGGUACGACCUCGACUCGUACUCCGAGAACGACGGUUACCCUAACCAGGUCUACUGCAACUCGGACAAGUACCACAACGACUCCCCCAUUGCCGCGAUCAAGGGCGGCAAGAACCACUGUGGCCAGAUGAUCCGCGUCACCAACAAGCAGACCGGCAACUCGAUUGAGGUCCCCAUUCUUGACGAGUGCGCCGGCUGCUCGCACGCCGACCAGGUCGACCUCCCCAAGUCGGUCUGGAACGAGCUCAACGCCGGUGUCUCGACUGGCAUGCUCGACAUCGAGUGGCAGUUCAUCUAA